CUCAAGCAGGUCCACCCCGACACCGGUAUCUCCUCGAAGGCCAUGUCCAUCAUGAACUCGUUCGUGAACGACAUUUUCGAGCGCAUCGCCGCGGAGGCGUCCCGGCUCGCUCACUACAACAAGCGGUCGACCAUCACGUCGCGAGAGGUGCAAACCUCCGUGCGGCUGCUGCUGCCCGGCGAGCUCGCCAAGCACGCGGUCAGCGAGGGCACCAAGGCGGUCACCAAGUACACGAGCUCCAAGUGAGCGGCCGUCCGCCGUCGGGACAACGGCGUGGCGUGUUCGACUUAUCGAACGCCCGCUCGCUCGCGUUUUGUGUUUAUUAUUAUUAUAAAUACUAUCAAAACAACAACGGCCCUUUUCAG